UGUCGCGUCGCGUCUCGCGUGGAGCGCGUGCUUCUGAGAAACUGCUCCACCGAGAGAGACGCUCCUCAAGCGGACCCCAUGCGUUUGGACCGAACGCAGACUUUGCUUUAGAAGUGGUGUUUCCUGCAAUGAUGUCACCCUGGAGUCCUCUGCUAUUGGCCGUCUCGUGCUGUCUGAUUGCUCUGACAUCAUCACUCAACCUCGACGACCCGAAUGUCUGCAGUCACUGGGAGAGUUACUCAGUGACCGUGCAGGAGUCGUACGCUCACCCGUUCGAUCAGAUUUACUACACCAGCUGCUCAGACAUCCUCAACUGGUUCAAAUGCACUCAGCACAGGGUGAGCUACAGAACGGCCUACCGCAGAGGAGAGAAGACCAUGCACCGCCGCAAGUCUCAGUGCUGCCCGGGAUUCUACCAGAGCAGAGACAGAUGUGUUCCCCACUGUGCUGAGAAGUGUGUGCACGGCCGCUGUGUGGCCCCCAGCACCUGUCAGUGUGAGCCGGGCUGGGGAGGGCCCGACUGCUCCAGCGCCUGUGACGGUGAUCACUGGGGUCCACACUGCAGCAGCCGCUGUCAGUGUCAGAACGGUGCGCUGUGUAACCCCAUCACCGGAGCCUGCCUCUGUGCAGCCGGAUACCGCGGCUGGCGCUGCGAGGACCUCUGCGAGCGCUCCACCUACGGACACGGCUGCCAGCAGAGGUGCCUGUGCCAGAACAACGCCACGUGCCACCACGUCACCGGAGAGUGUGUGUGCAGCCCGGGAUACACGGGAGCCUUCUGCGAGGAGCUGUGUCCUCCGGGGAAACACGGCCGGCAGUGUGAGGAGCGCUGUCCCUGUCAGAACGGCGGCGUGUGUCAUCACGUGACUGGAGAAUGCUCCUGCCCCGCCGGCUGGAUGGGAACGGUGUGCGGGCAGCCGUGUCCGGCGGGACGCUUCGGGAAGAACUGCUCACAGGAGUGUCAGUGUCAUAAUGGAGGAAGCUGUUCUCCGUCCACCGGACAGUGCGUGUGCAGCGCAGGAUACACAGGAGAGAGGUGCCAGGAUCAGUGUCUGGUCGGCUCGUACGGUGUGGGCUGCAGACAGAUGUGUAGCUGUGUUAACGGUGCCCAGUGCUAUCAUGUGAGCGGAGAGUGUCUGUGUGAGCCGGGAUACACGGGUGAGAGCUGCGAGGAGCGCAUCUGUCCAGAGGGGCUGUACGGUCUCAAGUGUGACAGGAGGUGCCCGUGUCACGUCAAUAACACAUGCAGCUGUCACCCCAUGUCGGGCGAGUGUUUGUGCGGCCCGGGCUGGUCGGGCUUGUACUGUAACGAGACGUGUGCUCCUGGUUUAUAUGGCGAGGCGUGUCAGCAGAUCUGCCGCUGUCAGAACGGAGCCGACUGCCACAGCGUGAGCGGGGAGUGUGUCUGCGCGCCCGGAUUCAAGGGCUCAGAUUGCUCCGCUCCCUGUCCCUCUGGCAGCUAUGGCAUCAACUGCAGCUCAGUGUGCUCCUGUAAGAACGCAGCCGCUUGCUCACCCAUCGACGGAUCCUGCUCCUGUCAAGCAGGGUGGCACGGGGUGGAUUGCUCCAUUAACUGCCCCAGCGGCUGGUGGGGUCUGGGGUGUAACCUGACGUGUGUGUGUGGGAGCGGAGGCGCCUGCAGCGCUCUGGACGGGAGGUGCUCCUGUACCCCGGGCUGGAGAGGAGACCGCUGCGAUCAACACUGUCAGGAUGGGACGUAUGGACUGGACUGUCGCGAGCGCUGUGACUGCAGUCAUGCAGACGGAUGUCACCCCUCCACCGGACACUGCCGCUGUCUAGCCGGAUGGACAGGCAUUCACUGUGACAGUGUGUGCGCUGAGGGCCGCUGGGGGCCCAACUGCUCUCUGUCCUGUAACUGUAAGAACGGAGCGUCGUGUUCGCCGGACGAGGGUGCGUGUGAGUGUGCGCCUGGAUUCAGAGGAGCCACCUGCCAGCGCAUCUGUUCUCCGGGUUUCUUUGGCCACCGCUGUAGCCAGACCUGUCCGCACUGCGUCCACAGCAAUGGCCCCUGUCACCACGUGACUGGCCAGUGUGACUGUCUGUCCGGGUUCAAAGGGGCGCUCUGCAAUGAAGUGUGUCCCAGUGGCAGGUUCGGUAAGCACUGCGCGUGGAGCUGCACCUGCACUAAUAACGGCACAUGUAACCCCAUCGACGGCUCGUGUCAGUGUUACCCCGGCUGGAUCGGCAGUGACUGCUCACAGCCGUGUCCCCCAGGUCAGUGGGGUCCCAACUGCAUCCACACCUGUAACUGUCACAAUGGGGCGUUCUGCAGCGCGUAUGACGGCGAGUGUAAGUGUACAGCCGGCUGGACGGGGCUGUACUGCACACAGCGCUGUCCGCUGGGCUUCUACGGCAAGGACUGCGUUCAGGCAUGUCAGUGUGAGAACGGCGCAGACUGCAAUCACAUCUCCGGUCAGUGCACCUGCCGCACUGGCUUCAUGGGACGCCACUGUGAACAGAAAUGUCCUGCAGGUACGUACGGAUACGGCUGUCGGCAGGUGUGCGAAUGUCUCAAUAACUCCACCUGUGAUCACAUGACUGGCACCUGCUACUGUAACCCUGGCUGGAAAGGCACACGCUGUGACCAGGCCGGCGUGAUCAUCGUAGGAAAUCUCAACAGCUUGACGAGCGCCGCUGUGCCUGUGGACUCGUAUCAGAUCAGUGCGAUUGCAGGAAUCAUCGUUCUGGUGCUCCUCGUGCUCAUCCUCCUCCUCCUCUUCAUCAUUUACCGCAAGAAACAGAAAGGCAAAGAAUCCACGAUGCCUGCGGUCACGUACACACCUACCAUGAGGGCCAACACCGAUUACGCCAUCGCAGAGUCGCUCCCGCAGACUGACGUCCUUCCCAACAGUAACUAUUUCUCCAACCCCAGCUACCACACACUGACCCAGUGCAGCAGCCCUCCUCACGCCAACAACCUGCCCUAUGGAGAGCCGAAGAACAAUCAGUUGUUUGUGAAUGUGAAGAACGCUGAUCCGAGGAAACGUCUUUCCCUGCUGGAUCACACAGGAACUCUACCGGCUGACUGGAAACAAGGAGGAUCCUUCAAUGAGCUCGGAGCUUAUGGAGUUGACAGGCGUUACAUGGGAAAGUCACUGCGAGAUCUGGUGAAGAGCAUGCCCUAUCACGCCAGCUCCAGCUCUCUAAACAGCUCAGAGAACCCAUACGCCACCAUCAAAGACCCUCCUCUGCUGCUGACCAAGAGCUCGGAGUGCGGCUACGUGGAGAUGAAGUCUCCCACUCACAGAGACGCGCCGUACGCUGAGAUACACGCCUCCAGCCCUGCCAACAAAAACGUCUAUGAAGUUGAACCGACCAUCAGUUCUGUCCACACACUCUCUAACAACAACUGCAACGGGCCAUUUUGUCAAGAUCCAUACGACCUACCAAAGAACAGCCACAUCCCGUGUCAUUACGACCUGCUUCCCACGAGAGACAGCAGCCCCUCGCCCCUCGAGGACACAGACAGCAAAUAAACCCCGAGACUUCACUGACGCACCGCAAACCUCUGUACUUCCACAGCACUCUGUUAACACUUCCAUAACUGUCUGUGUUGACAUUCAUCCUUAUUAAAGUUCUUAAUUACUUCUGGCUUACAGGAUUCAAUAGUUCUUGUCAAGUCUGACCCAGAGUAAUGUGGAGUGUUUUGGUGGAGGUGCAAACAUUCGUAAUCUUCACAAACGAAUCAUUCCAUUAAUUAAGAGCAACAUUGCACACAAAUACAGGACAAUCCUUAAAGGGAUAGUUCACCCAAAAAUGAAAAUUAGCCCAUGAUUCACUCACCCUC